CGGGUCUGUCAUGUUAUUCACGCAAAGAUCAAAGAGUUUUCAGCUUAUGUGCAACGCAGUUCAGUUCUCUAACAUAUUCCUUACAUUAUUUUGAUUUGAAAUCAGUUCCACAUUUUAAAAUACACACAAAAUGAACUUCGUACAGGAAAAUAAUCACGUACUCUACAUAUGGAAUGGGGCCAUCAGUGGCGAAAUCGAACAGGAAGUAAACCGACUGAAAGCCAUUCCAAACGUGCAAGUGAACGUAGAGAAUGCAGAUCGCGUUCUGCUGGCUGGUUACACACCGUCCCAGUUCGAUGUGGUGCUGGCGAACGUCCCCUCGGGAAACUCCGAGAUGGCUUCAAGUUUGCUCAAGCUGGUCAAACCGAAGGGAAAGGUUGUGUUCAAGGAUGACUCAGCCAAUGCCGAAGCUACCCGUUCCAAUUUGCUGCUGUCUGGUUUUAUCAACAUUACAUCGCUGGAUGGCAAUGUAUUCGUCGGAGAAAAGCCAAACUACGAAAUCGGGUCGGCCGCGAAACUUUCCUUGGGUGGCAACAAAGCGAAGGUUGCCGCCGUUUGGAAACUGGAUGUCGACGACGAUGAUGACGAGCGCAUAGACGAAGAUGAGCUAUUGGACGAGGAAGACAAGGUCAAACCGACAGCUGAAUCACUGAGAGUAUGCGGAACGACCGGCAAACGUAAGGCUUGUAAAGACUGCUCUUGCGGUCUAGCCGAGGAACUUGAGGCGGAAACAAAAGGAUCUGCUGUAGCUAACAGUGAACCAAAGUCCUCUUGUGGAAGUUGCUACCUGGGAGAUGCGUUCCGUUGUGCCACCUGUCCGUACCUUGGCAUGCCAGCCUUUAAGCCUGGUGAGAAGAUUCAACUGACGGACACACAGAUGCGCGCCGACAUUUAGGAUAGCUUUCAGGUAUGAUGUAACUAAGAUUUGAGGAAUGAACGAGAAUAACAGUUGAAUUUGAUGAAGUAUAA